UUCCCGUUGUUGCUUAUUGCAUGUUAGCUAUUCACCUCCUAGAGUGUACAAAUCCUAGUGUGUAAAACAACGUCCCUGCCAUUCAUCGGAGACACUUGCAGUAUUCGAUCAUCAGAGCUCUCUUUGUUGGAUCUAUCCAUCGAUCCAUAAAAGGGGAAGAUGGAAUUAGAAGGAAGGGAAAAUGACACAGUCGUAACUCAAGUCAGCUUUGGUGGAUUUGGAAGUCAUGUUAAAGCAAAAGAUCUUGUAGACUACUUGGAAGAUGAAAUUGGGCUUGUAUAUAGGUGUCGGUUGAAAACUUCUUGGACCCCUCCAGAGUCUCUUCCGAGUUUUGAGCUCAUUGAUACUGCAGAUAUUGAAACAACAGAUGAAUAUAAAAAGGUUGAGCCACAUGCAUUUGUGCAUUUUGCUUCGCCCGAGUCAGUGACUGCUGCUAUGAAUGCUGUUGGGCGCUGUCAACUCUUUCUCAAGAACCAAGCAUUGAAAGUAAGUUUGGGCCCUGAGAAUUCAUACAACAUGAACAAGAGGAGGAGGACUAAAAUUCCAUUCAAGUUAGCUGAUGUGCGUCUUGAGAUUGGAAGUUUAGUUCGCCUAGAUGAGUUCUUUGUUGCUUGGAGGGGGCCAUCUUAUGGGGUUGAUUUUGUUGUGGAUCCUUUUGAUGGGACAUGCAAAUUUUGUUUUAGAAGAGAUACUGCCUUUUCAUUUAAAGGGAUGAAUAAGUAUGCUGUGAUAAAAUGCGAUUUUAAGGUGGAGUUCCAGGUAAGAGAAAUCAGUGAAUUUAAACACUAUACAGAGCCUUCAUAUCUUGUAAUUCUGUUGAGGCUGGCUUCAUCACCUUGGGUUUCAUAUCGAACUGCCGAUGAUGAUAUUGAUCAAUCAGUUCCAUUUGAUUUGUUGGAUGACGAUGAUCCUUGGAUUAGAACCACAGAUUUUACUCCUAGUGGGGCAAUUGGGCGUUGUAAUUCUUACAGAGUUUCAAUCCCACCGCGGCAUGGUGCUAAGCUGAAGAAGGCCAUCAGUUAUCUUAAAAAACGCAGGGUGCAAGAGGUUUCGAUCAAAAAGCCACCUAGGAUUCAGGAUGAACCUGAUUUUGAAAUGCCCAUGUCAGAUCCUUUCUUCUCUAUUCAUUACAAGGAAAAUAUUUCCUUUGAGAUAUUGUUCUUGGUCAAUGCUGUAAUGCACAGGGGCAUUUUAAAUCAGCACCAGUUGUCAGACGGCUUUUUUGAUUUACUGAGAAACCAACCAAAGGAGAUCAAUGUGGCUGCAUUGAAGCACUUAUGUUCAUACAAACACCCGGUUUUUGAUGCCUCUAAAAGGCUGAAACUUGUCCAAGAAUGGUUGCUGAGAAACCCCAAGCUUAUCAAGAAUCCCAAACAUUUGGAUGAUAUUGCUGAAGUUAGGAGGUUGGUGAUUACCCCAACUAAAGCCUAUUGUCUUCCACCAGAGGUUGAACUAUCCAACAGGGUUCUUAGAAAAUAUAAAGAAGUUGCUGAUAGGUUUUUAAGGGUUACCUUUAUGGAUGAAGGAAUGCAGACAAUAAAUUCCCAUGUUAUGAAUUCUUAUGUUGCUCCUAUUGUGAAGGAAAUCACAGAAAACACCAUCCCUCAGAAAACAAAAGUGUAUGCAAGGGUUCGGGCCAUUCUGAUGAAGGGAUUUCAAUUAUGUGGUCGUAAGUACUCGUUCUUGGCCUUCUCAUCCAAUCAACUGAGGGACCGUUCUGCCUGGUUUUUCGCUGAAGACAAGAAGAUUAAUAUACAAGGAAUCAAAAAUUGGAUGGGGAAGUUCCACAACAGAAACGUUGCAAAAUGUGCUGCUAGGAUGGGUCAGUGUUUUUCGUCUACAUAUGCAACGGUAGAAGUUCCAUCAGCCCAGGUUAAUCCUAAACUUCCAGAUAUUGAGAGAAAUGACUAUAUCUUUUCUGAUGGUAUUGGUAGGAUCACCCCAGACCUUGCAAUGGAAGUUGCAGAAAGACUGAAAUUGGACAGAGAUCCACCUUGUGCAUAUCAAAUUAGAUACGGAGGCUGUAAAGGGGUUAUUGCUUGUUGGCCACCGACAGGUGAUGGCUUCCGGCUUUCUUUGAGGCCUAGUAUGAACAAGUUUGAGUCGGACCAUACUAUAUUGGAAAUAUGUUCAUGGACUAGGUUCCAGCCAGGUUUCUUAAACAGGCAGAUUAUAACAUUGCUUUCAGCACUUGGUGUUCCAGAUGAAAUAUUCUGGACAAUGCAGGAGACAAUGGUUUCCAAAUUAAAGCAGAUGCUGGUGGACACAGAUGUGGCGUUUGAUGUUCUCACUGCAUCCUGUGCUGAGCAAGGAAAUGCUGCAGCUAUAAUGUUAAGUGCAGGUUUCAAGCCCCAGACAGAACCACAUCUGAGAGGCAUGUUGACCUGUAUACAAGCCGCACAGCUCUGGGGACUUAGGGAAAAGGCCAGGAUUUUUGUUCCUUCUGGGAGAUGGCUUAUGGGCUGUCUGGAUGAGUUAGGGGUACUUGAGCAAGGCCAGUGCUUUGUCCAAGUGUCUACCCCAUCGCUGGAAAACUGUUUUGCAAAGCAUGGCUCUAGGUUUGAUCAGAUAGAUAAAAAUCUACAAGUAAUAAAAGGGUUCGUAGUGGUAGGAAAGAAUCCUUGCCUUCAUCCAGGAGAUAUAAGGAUUCUUGAAGCAGUUGAUGCACCUGGGUUACACCACAUGCAUGAUUGCCUUGUUUUCCCUCAGAAAGGUCAUAGGCCUCACACAGAUGAAGCUUCUGGUAGUGACCUAGAUGGGGACCUCUACUUUGUCACAUGGGAUGAAAAUCUUAUUCCCCCACGUAAGAAGAGCUGGGAACCUAUGCAGUAUGAAGCUGCAGAAGCCAAAGUUUCAGGGCGUCCUGUCACGAACCAGGAUUUAAUCGAGUUUUUUGUGAGAAACAUGGUGAAUGAGAACCUGGGAGCGAUAUGCAAUGCACAUGUGGUUCAUUCUGACCGCAGUGAAUAUGGAGCUUUCGAUGAGAAUUGCCUAAAACUAGCAGAAUUAGCAGCCAUAGCAGUUGAUUUUCCCAAAACUGGGAAGAUUGUUACCAUGCCACCACCCCUAAAGCCAAAGCUAUACCCAGAUUUCAUGGGAAAAGAGGACUACCAGUCGUACAAGUCUACUAAAAUUUUAGGGAGACUCUAUCGCAAGAUUUGCGAUGCUUAUGAUGAAGAUGUGGCAACCUCUUCUGAGCAAAAUCAUAAUCCCAGUGACAUCAAAUAUGAUAUGGAUCUGGAGGUUCCAAAAGCUGCAGAUUUCAUAGCUGAUGCUUGGGAGAGAAAGUGCUCUUAUAAUGAUCAGCUACAGGGUCUAAUGGCACAGUAUAAAGUUAUGAGGGAAGAGGAGAUUGUCACAGGACAUGUUUGGUCAAUGCCCAAGUAUUCCAGCAGGAAGCAAGGGGAGCUGCAGGAGCGGUUGAGGCAUUCUUACAGUGCUCUGAAGAAAGAGUUCAGGCAAUUUUUCGAGAAGAUGGAUACGGGUUUUGAGUCACUGACUGAUGAUCAGAAAAAUAGCUUGUAUGAGCAGAAAGCAUCAGCUUGGUACCAGGUGACUUACCACCCUGAUUGGGUGAAAAGGUCACUCGAUUUGCAAAGGCCAGAUGGCCCAGGAGAUGUGGUGAUGUUAAGCUUUGCCUGGAUUGCAGCUGACUACCUUGCUCGGAUCAAGAUCAAGCGCCGUGAAGUGGGUAAUAUUGACUCUAAGAAGCCAAUCAAUGCUUUGACGAAGUACCUUGCUGAUCGGAUAUGACCAGCACCUGAAGUCCUUGGGAGUUGCUUCCUGGUUCUCAUAAACUUCAUGGUGGCAAGGCCAUUCUGCCAUUUUAUUUGGUCUGAUUUUGUGUUAGUUUUCUGCGUACAUUUUCCUUCUGAAAUGGGACAAUUAAUUUUCUUUUAUGCUACAUUAUGGUCGAUGUACCAGACAAUAAACUACUUCUUACUUUUUAGCUAAUUUAUUUACAAACAUCUAAGGACGGGUUGGUGUUCAUAACAUACUGUUCAUAGGCUGGAAGUGAAGUGGCGGUUCUGCCCUUCGUUUUCUCUGAUUUACGGGGUGCCAUCCAUCAUAUAGUCAGGUCAGAUGCGUGUAGAUUUCAUUCGUGGUUUCUAGAGAAAACAUAGUCGAAACAGAGAGAGAGAGUGGUGAUUCGGUUUUGCUGUGAGGAGGAAGAAGAUCUGCCGUUUUGGUUUAUGGUUUUGAUUGGUUUGUUUUUUCCUGUCUUUGGUUUUUAAUUGAAUUGGGUUUCGUUUUUGUAGGGGUAUUGUUCGAUUUUGCUCUGGUUGGUUUUCAAUUCACUUCAGUUUUCAUUUUUGUAGGGGUAUUGUUUGUGCUUCAGUUUGUAGGAGGAGGUUGAAGGUGAGGCUCUUUUGUUUUUUUUUGGUAAAUUGUGAAGAGUUUUUAUUCUGAAUUCAGUAUUGUCUGUCUACUUCUUCUAUUUUCAAUAAAUACUGAAAUAAAUAAAUAGCAGAGUCGAAUUCAAAGAAAGAGUAGAAGUUUGGGGAAGGAAUUUUUUUGUAUUUUUUCUCAAGUAAGUUGAAGAUGACAGAGUAUGUUCAUAUGUUCAUGGGUCUUAUGAGUUUUGCUAUCAUAGAUUUAGGCAUUUAGGUGAUUAGUGCAUAGGUGGGUAUUGUGUAAGUAUGGAAGUUUAACUGUGCAAGUAAUUCAGAUAACAAAUGAUUGUUGUAGAUCUGGGUUUCAUUGGGGGAGUCAGGAUUGGAGGUUUCGAAAUGUGUGUUGUUGAUGUUAUGUUCUUUUUUUUCUUAGUUUUCUUUCUACUGGGGUUACGCAUAUGUGUGUUUCAGUGAUAAUAAUCGAAUCAGAUUUCAUCUGAUAAUUUCUUUUGAUGGUUGUGCUUCAACAUUGUAAUAUAUGUAAAAUCUCCUCUUUUCAUGAUAUACCAAAGACGUAUAAUCAUGUAAAAAGCUAAUAGAAGGUCAGUAGAGAUGUGAAAAGAAGAUGACGUUACAGUUAGAAAAGUUAGUUCCAUUGUUUUUUGAUUAAUUAUUAGUGUAUUUAUGUAGUGUGAUUGUGAAUAUGAGAAGGUGAAAAGAAUGUUAUUACAGUUGGAAGACUAUCUUUUGUUGUUUUACAUUGAAAAAAUAUAAGGUUUUUUGUUUUUGUUUGUUUUUUUAAAUAAUUAUUUUGUUUUGGUUGUGUAGGUUCUAUGCAAAGCAGUGCAUAGAACAGCAAAUAUCAGAAGAAUAUUUACAAAUGAGUUGUAGACCAAUUCUGAUAGUACCAUAAGCCAAAUUGAAGAAAAAGUUAAAAUAAUUUUCUUUUGUUUUAAGAUUAUAUGUGUGAAGGCAAUUGUAAUCAUCAUGAUCGCAAAACUCCUUAACCUUAUGUCCUGAUCACAUGAAGAUUGAGAGUAGUAGAAGACUUGAACUUGAGACUUUUGUGUGCAAAUUAUUUUGUAUUACUCUGCCUAUGGCUAUAGUCGCUAUACUUUGUAGGUUCAUAUACUUCUGAGAUUCCUCUUAUUUCUCAUUACACCUCUGUUUCUGCUAAAUUUCAAGUCUCGCGGCAACGCGCGGCUUCCUUUGCUAGUAACUAUACUAAUGGAAGGUUUUCCUUAUGAAUAGUGGCCAGUCAUUUUUGCCCUUCUAUGUUUUACGGAAUUGCAACUAUGGCACCGUGUAUACGCUUUCGAAACAGAGAUUGUCCCCAUAUCUGCAUGUUUCACGGUCCAAGUUUUGAGUUUUUUCUUUGCUUUUCUGCAUUUUGUGGAUGCAUGUGAUCUUCUUUGAAACCAACCAAGCAUCAAUUCGAUCUGACUUGGAUCCUUCUGCUGUAAAUUCAUAAUCUUUGAAUACCUGUUUCGGCUUUGGAAAGUGCUCAAGUGCAAAAUCAGAAACUGGAAAAGGAAUAUGAGGAUAGAUGAGGAGGAAGAGGAUGCCCAGGACUAAUAUGAUCUGGGAAAUAGUUGAAUUCCAGUUUUGAAGUAUUGGUUCCUGUUGAAUUGGAGAAUUGAAGAUUUGGGAGUUGGCCUGAUGGGAUUCAGUCAAACGUAAGGUGAGACUUACUCUUGAGGAGCCUGAACCUGGUCUCACCAUUGUCACCAGGCACUAUGAUCCUCCUGAUGGUUUCGUAUUUGAAAUAAAUGAUGUGUCACCUCCUAUUCAGGUAAGUCUCGCUAAGGGAAUUCACCUUUAUGCAAUGGUUUCAUUAUGAUUCUCUUGAACACCAUUUUCACAUGGGAAAUUUGGUUGGAAGGAUGACAAUGCCUACAAUGUUCAGAGACAAAUUAAUUACAGGAAUGAUUCAUAUGAUGAUGCCAUGAGUGGUUAUAUUAGACGUGACUCACGUGAGAGCUAUGUGGGGAGACUCAAUCUCAGAAUGAUCGUCAGUAAAAUAAGAGAGCAGUCCCAAUAGUUUAUGGCAACUAAGCUGCUUUGUGGCAAAGUCCUCUCCGUAUUUUGGAAGGCAAAUGGUCUGUCAGGGAGGGAGAUGAUAAGACAAAUGUUAAAUUCAAGUUCCCCUUACUAACAUAACUCGGCCUGGACUUUCUGCAGUCUGAAAAGGAGAAAAAAAAAUUUGUUAACCCUGAAACGGAUUUGCUGCUCUUGGCAAGCAUGCCCAAAUCAUUCUCAACUUUGAGAGGGGAAAAGGCUGGGCUGAUCCUUAUAUUCAACAUCAGCGGUCAGAGAGUCUUCGACACAACAGAAUCCCACAAAGCUCUUUCGUUAAAAGAGGAAAACGAAAAUCAGGAAAGCAACGAAAGAGAAUGAAGUGCAAGUAGUCAAACUGUUGGAACUGUUCGAGAUAGAAUAGAGGCUAAAUACUAUUUCGUCAACUUAAUUUGAAAUUGAUGAAUGUAUAGCUGGGGACGAUAUUAAUGCUUAAAUCUAUAACCCAAAAGGAUAUAAUUUAUGUUAACCAUUUUUGGACCCGA